GCCGCAGCGCCGGCAGCGCAGCCGCCGCGGCCGCGGCCUGCGGGGCGGCCGGCACGAGACGCUCGGCCAGCGGAUGCAGCGGCACCGGCGGGCGGUCGACGGGGAGGCGCCCUCGUCCGGGCAGGAGGACCCCAGCGACGACGAGGCGGGCGGCUCGGGGUCGCAGGCCUUCGCCCUGUCUGUCUUCCACGCGACGGACGGUGAGGACUCCGUCUUCACCAGAAGGUUCAAGACGGCGGCGUCGUGGGCAUCGCCGAGGCUGAGCGUGGCCAGUUCUCAGCCGCCUGACCAGGACCCUGCGGGACGACGAAGAUCGUCAGCACGCUCGCAGGACUUUUCCUUGGUACAGGUCGAGAACGAGCCGCUGUGGCGGGGCGUGUUCCAGAAGAUGCAGGACGACGGCCAGGUCCACCACGAUGACCUGCCCCUCACGCUCGAGCUGGCCGGCUUGGGCAGCGUGGAUCCGAAGAUGGUGGACGAUGUCUACUACAAGCUCACUUCGUAUAGCGCGAUCAGCGUGGACGACUUCGUCGAGCUCGUGCGCCGCUGCUUCCAGCGGCAGAAGGAGGCUUACACUGACGCGUUCAAGAGGUGCGACGCGGAUGGCUCGAAUGCCAUAGACCAGAACGAGCUCGCGGACCUUCUUAGGGAAGUCGGGAUCGAGCCGAUGAGGCACGUCUUGGACGAGGUGUACGAGGAGACCGACCCAGACGGGACGGGCACGCUGGAUUUUGAAGAGUUCGAAGCCGUGAUGGAUCUGAUUCACUAUCGCGAAGGUUUCACCAGGAGGGAGCACGAGGAGUUUAUGCGCGUGUAUGACAUGUUCGAUUACGACAAGUCGGGCGAGAUCGACUCCCAGGAGCUCACCUCCAUCAUGGGCUGGCUGGGCUACCUCAGCGACAGGGCGGAGUGCGCUGAGAUCCUGGCCCAGGUCGACGUCGACCGCAGCGGCACCCUGAACCGGCGCGAGUACCUGAUCUGCAUGCGCAAGGUGCGGGAGCGCGAGGUGGCCAAGAUCAGGAAGUACAUGCUUCUCAGCGAUGCGGACGGGAACGGCGUGGUGUCGAUGGACGAGAUGGCCGGCCUCGUGCGCAUGCUGGGCUACCUGCCCCACGAGAGCGCGCUGCGGGAGGCUGCGGUCUCGACCGGCGUCCGGGACAUGUCGUCCAUGGACCUGAGCUCCGUGUGGCAGCUGCUCUCCGUCUACCGCUCGCGGGAGGGCUUCAGCUCCGCCGAGGACAGGGAGAUCCAGAAGGCGUUCUCGAGGUUCGACGCGGAGGGCACGGGCGAGAUUGGCACGGCGCAGCUGGGGAAGCUGCUGCGGUGGCUCGGCUACGUCGUGCCCUUCACCUUCGCGAGCUACGUCGUCGGGAAGGUGGACGUGAACAACUCUGGGCGGCUCGACCUGCCGGAGCUGCGCAAGAUGAUGCGCCUCUACAGCGAGCGGGAGCGCCGGCAGAUCAUGGCCGCCUUCGUGAGGCAGGACGUGAGGGGCACCGGCCGGCUCGGGAAGUUCGACGCCAUGGUCGCGAUGAGUCAGGUCCCCGCCAUGGAGGCCUGCGGCCUCUCCGAGGACGCGGUGAGGGAGGCCCUCGAGGA